AUGAAAUUACUUAUUUUAACUUUAUUUUUAGCUACUAUUGUUUUAGCUCAAGCUUUAACAGUACCAUUAAACUUCCAUCAAGCUUCAAGAGAAUCUAGAAGAAGAGUUCCACAAAAAUGGUCAAACAGAUUAUCUGCUCUCAAUGCUGGUACCACAAUCCCAAUUUCAGAUUUUGAAGAUGCUCAAUACUAUGGUGCCAUUACCAUUGGUACCCCAGGUCAAGCCUUCAAAGUAGUUUUCGAUACUGGUUCAUCCAACUUGUGGAUUCCAUCAAAGAAAUGUCCAAUCACUGUUGUUGCAUGUGAUUUACAUAACAAAUAUAACAGCGGUGCCUCAAGCACAUAUGUCGCCAACGGAACUGAUUUCACCAUCCAAUACGGUAGUGGUGCUAUGUCAGGUUUUGUCUCUCAAGAUUCCGUCACUGUUGGUUCAUUAACUGUUAAAGAUCAAUUAUUCGCUGAAGCCACUGCCGAACCAGGUAUUGCUUUCGAUUUCGCCAAAUUCGAUGGUAUUUUAGGUCUUGCUUUCCAAUCCAUCUCUGUUAAUUCAAUUCCACCAGUCUUUUACAACAUGUUAUCACAAGGUUUAGUUUCAUCAACACUCUUCUCCUUCUGGUUAUCAAGAACUCCAGGUGCCAACGGUGGUGAACUCUCAUUCGGUUCAAUCGAUAACACCAAAUACACUGGUGACAUUACCUACGUCCCAUUAACCAACGAAACCUAUUGGGAAUUCGUUAUGGAUGACUUUGCUAUCGAUGGUCAAUCAGCUGGUUUCUGUGGUACUACUUGUCACGCAAUUUGCGAUUCAGGUACAUCACUCAUUGCUGGUCCAAUGGCUGAUAUUACUGCCCUCAAUGAAAAAUUAGGUGCUGUCAUCUUAAAUGGUGAAGGUGUCUUCUCUGAUUGUAGCGUUAUCAACACCUUACCAAAUGUUACCAUCACCGUUGCUGGUCGUGAAUUUGUUUUAACUCCAAAAGAAUACGUUUUAGAAGUUACUGAGUUCGGAAAGACUGAAUGUUUGAGUGGAUUUAUGGGUAUCGAGUUAAACAUGGGAAAUUUCUGGAUCCUUGGUGAUGUUUUCAUCUCUGCUUACUAUACUGUAUUCGAUUUUGGUAAUAAACAAGUUGGUUUCGCAACUGCCAUUCAAGGUUAA